UUUUCAGUCGUAUAGUACAAUGACUUCUUCUAAAUUUAUUUUUGUUACCCGCGAUAACAACGAAAUUCAAAUUCCACCACAAUUUUGCGAUAAAAUUGCUUUUAUUAAAAAUUUUGUUGAUACUUAUGAAAAUGUUAAAAAAAUUCAAAUUCCAUCAAAUGCACCAAAAACGGGGAAAGAACAAUUGGAAAUAAUUAUCAAAUUUUUGGAGACUUUGGAAGCUAAUAAGGCCUUUGAUGAGGAAUUUGAUAAGAGCAAUCAACCAGGAGAUGAAACGAACACCCGAGCUCGAUCAAAUUCUCUGUCAAACAAUUUAUGGAUAAAGAAUUUUUUCGACAAAUAUCAACGUUCACAACUUUUUGAAGCAAUCGAAUCUGCAAAUUUUUUGGGAGUUGUUGAUUUUGUUGAUCCUCUAGCUGAAUAUAUUGCUCAAAAAAUUACACAAAUAAAAAGUACUGAAGAAAUGACCGAAUUUUUGGGAUAUCCAAUGGAAGAAGAAAUGAAAGAAUUAUUUGAAAAAUUUGAAAAAGAAAAUGAAAAAGCUCAUCAACAACAAAAAGAAAAGGAAGAGAAAGAAGCUUUGAAAAUGAAAGAGGAAGAAGAGAAACGAUUAAAAGCUGAAGAAGCUUGGUCUGAAGCUUUAAAUGAGCCUGAUGCUAAAAAUGAUGAUGACGAUGAUAUUGGUUUGCCUUAA